UGUCAGCAUGUGUCUGCAGCUGAGUGACUCUCCUGUUAUUGUGUCUGCAGCUGAUCUUAGCUCUUAUUACCUCUACAGACUAUCACAGACAGCCUGUCCGUAUAUCCACGGAGCUCAGAGUUGUUAAAAAACGUUGAUCAGACUUUUUUUUAAGCCGAUCUUUGAUGCUUUAUGUUGGCUGGACUUUGAGCACUGAGUCGGUGGGCGUUUUUCUGACAGCAGAAUGUGGGGCAUUUGGAGCAGAACUAUGGUGAAGGUGGGGGUGGCAAAGCCAUGUGGCUUAAUGAAACCAUGCCACUUGGUGAAGCCCGUCUCAGCGACCCGGGUCUCUGGCAGAUACUUGACCCAUCAGAAAGGUCUUCCCACGCUGCCCGUCCCCCCUCUGCAGCAGACCUGUGAGCGAUACAUCACCGCCUUGGAGCCCAUCGUGGACGGGGACGAGCUGAAACACACCAAAGAGCUGCUGGAGGAGUUUCAGAAAGCUGGAGGGGUUGGAGAAAAGCUGCAGAGAGGGCUGGAGAAGAGGGCGAGCAAUGCCAGCAACUGGUUGUCCGAGUGGUGGGUGCAGGUUGCUUACCUAACAUACAGACUUCCUGUGGUGGUGCAUUCAAGUCCGGGGUUGGUUCUACCUCGCAUGAACUUCAGGGACAAGCAGGGACAAAUGAGGUUUGCUGCAAAGCUGAUAGCGGGUGUUCUUGACUUUAAGACAAUGAUUGACAAUGAAACAUUACCUGUUGAAUACCUUGGAGGAAAGCCUCUGUGCAUGAAUCAGUACUAUGAGGUGCUGUCAUCCUGCCGUAUCCCUGGUCUGCAGAAAGACUCUAUAGUGAACCACGCCAAGAGCCCCAAACCGCCCAGACACAUCACCGUGGUGCACAACUUUCAGUUCUUCAUGCUGGACGUGUACAACAGCGACGGGACUCCUCUGACAUCUGAUCAGCUCUACAUUCAGCUGGAGAGAAUCUGCAGCUCGUCUCUGCAGAGCAAACCGGAGCCUGUCGGCAUUCUCACCACACAGCACCGAGACUCGUGGGGAAAAGCCUACGUCAACCUCAUCAAAGAUAAAACCAACAAACAGUCGGUGUCAGUGAUCCAGAGGAGCAUCUUCACACUGUGUCUGGACGGAGCAAUGCCUCAAGUGUCCGAUGAGACAAGAAGAAGCUCUGCAGCUGUCCAGAUGCUACACGGAGGAGGAAGUCAGUGCAACAGCGGGAACCGCUGGUUUGACAAGACACUGCAGUUCAUUGUCGGAGUGGAUGGGACGUGUGGUGCGAACUAUGAGCACGCUCCGGCCGAGGGCCCCCCCAUCGUGGCCUUGAUCGACCACGUUGUUGAAUACACGAGUAAACCAGAAAUGACUCGAACUCCCAUGGUGCCUCUGCCCAUCCCCAAGAAACUUCACUUCAGCAUCACGCCAGAGAUCAAGAAAGACAUCGAGGAGGCAAAACACAACAUGAACAUCCUGGCAGACGACCUAGAAAUGAAGGUCUAUGUGUUCGGACACUUUGGGAAAAAUGUUCCGAAGUCUCAUAAGAUGAGUCCUGAUGCAUUCAUCCAGGUAGCUCUACAACUGGCUUACUACAGGAUGUAUCAGCGCUGCUGCGCCACGUAUGAAAGCGCCUCUCUCCGCAUGUUCAGACUCGGUCGAACUGACACGAUCAGAUCUGCCUCAAAUGCCUCCGCCGCCUUUGUCAGAGCUUUUGAUGACCCCAGCAAACAGAACACAGAGAAAGUUGAUCUGAUGGUAAAAGCUGUGACAGCACACAGGUCAUACACCAACAUGGCGAUCAGCGGCCAGGCCAUAGACCGACACCUGCUGGGCCUGAAGCUGCAGGCUGUGGAGGAAAAACUCGCCGUGCCUGAACUUUUCAAAGACCCCGCCUAUGCUAAAGCCUUACACUACCAGCUGUCAACGAGCCAGGUGCCAUCUAAAACCGACUGCGUUAUGUGUUUUGGCCCGGUUGUACCUAACGGAUACGGCGUCUGCUACAAUCCCAUGGAGGAUCACAUAAACUUCGCCAUGUCGUCUUUCAACACGUGUAAAGAAACGAACGCGGCUCAGCUGGCUCAGGCCAUGGAGGACGCUCUGCUGGACAUGAGGACUGUGCUGGAGCAAACGCCCAGAGCUAAACUGUGAAACUCCAGAGACAGAUGAGUCAGAUCUGACAGAGUACACGGGUUAUGACACAAUCAGAGGGCGGGAUGAGUUUGUUUGAUGUUUUUUAUUUGUGUAAAUAAAUCAGAAAACCACAGAGGGCCUUUAGACCAUGAAGCCUGUUUGGGUAGAUAUUUAUUACAUUGAUUUAAUUAACUUUUAUAGAAGAAUUGAAGAAAUUUAAUACAUUUAUUAAGGUUUUUUGACUGAAAAACUUUCUGUACAGACCUGACCCUUUCUCCAGCCCUGCCCUCGUAGAUCACUGAUGAUAGGUUAGACAAAAGCCUUUGUUUCUGGGCUCUUUCUCAUUUGAAACAACUGCAAGUACCCUAUGAUUUUACCAACUUGAAUUGGUAUUUAAUUGAUUUGAUUCUUUAUAAACUUCGCCCCAGUGAAAGAAUAAGACAAAGCUACAGUAGGGUGAGUGAGAAGAACUCCAAAUCGAUUAAAACUCGUUAAAAUGGUUAAAAACACCACUGAUGUCUGAUGCCAGUGAUGUUGGCUAAUGUUAGCAUCCUCCCACAGUACAUCAGCAAAGUGCCUGUUCUGCCCACUAGUUGAUGUGAACUCUAGCUGGCUUACGUUACAGAUUAACAUCUACAAUACAUCAUGCUAGCCUUACUGGGAAUAAAUAUUAGUAAGUUUGCUCACAGGUAACAUUAUGCCCAAGAGGAAGUUGGUCUAACCUUGCAUCUUGCUAUGAGAGGAUGCUGUCUGAUUGGAAGUGCAGUGGACCAAUCAGAGAGCCAACAAAGGGUCAGUUCUUGUGUCUCAAAUGAAAAGGGCUGUUAAACACCAAACUCCCCCUAAACCACACCCUGGGAUCACCACUGGAGAUAUGACUUCACAAGCUGCUGUUGGUAGUCUGCACAUUUUUUAUUUUCUCACGAUGUUAUUGAUCCUAAUUAUGCACUUUAAAUGAUUUCACUGCCUUUACUGUGGUACAAAACAUGCACGAUUCACGUACUUCUGUUCAAAGACUCAAAGCAUCACUUUUUAUACAUUUUUAUUGUUUUAUCUACGAAUCAGUUGUUAAAUCAGUUCUGCCAAUCAGUUGAUUUUUUGUGUUUGCUGCCUGUCUGACUAUGAUAAAUAUCAUUACUAAGAGGACGCAACCUUGUUUUUAGAUAUAUCACAUUACUGCAGGCAUGAAAAGAGCAUUCAGAAGUGUAAAGAGCACAUAAUCCUAGAAACACAGGGAAAUAAAACAGUGCUGCAGUACUUAGGAGUAGGGGUUUAUUCUUGGAUUGUUCUCAGAGCUACAGAGCUGCAGAUCGCCUCUCUCCACGUUCAGACACAAAACAAGAGGAAAUGUCAUGCAGCAUCACAAUGUAACGGGCCUGAUUGUGUCUGGAUACCAUCAGAGCUGUAUGCUUGCAGGUAGAGGGAGCAAAUUAUGCUCAACAUAUGGAGCUUUUGUGGCAGCAGUCUGUUCUUUGUGAAUCAGAAGGGAUUCACCCCAUCCAGACCUCGUAAUAUCAUGAAUAAACAUAUAUUUUGGGCAUUCAGAUACCAUGUAGUUGUUUUUAAUGCUUUGUGUGGAUGCACCUCAUUGGGUGCUGCUAUCUGUCGGCUCAGGCUGCAUGCACAGGCAGCUACGAUGCAUUAAAGACCGCCCUGUCAGCUGACUUGAUCUGCUGUAUUCUGCUAGUAAACUAAAGCAUGGCUUUAUUUACAUCUUUGCUUGGAGUGAUGGGGAUUUGGGCUUCUUUUUGGAGAUCUGGAUUAUUCAUCUCAACUCUGUAACAAGAGUUCUAAAACAGAUCAUCAUUUGGUCCCAUUAUGGCUUUGUUAUCAGGGAUGCAGGAUAUUAUUGGCAUUACACCAGUAUCGGCAGUUAUGAACAUUUUUGCAGCCGAUAUUUUGGCUCUAAAAGUCUGCCAUCGCCUGCUCCCCAAAGAUACACACUAGUUAAAAAAAAAAAACGCAAGUGCGGUACAAUCACGCUUUGAAAACCUUCUGACUCUGUCGCCAGAACUUCCAAGUCUGGAUCACUUACCAUGUCUACCAGACUUUUGUCACUGCAACUUCCUCAACACAGGGCAGUUGUUCCAUUGCUCCUUCCUGAACACUUUCUUUCCCUUCCAGUAACUGCUGUGAAUGUCUGGGUAAUGUUGGGUAGGGUUUCCUGAGCAAUGUGCAUGUGAAAGUCUUAUUUAAGGACUGAAAUUUCCUAAUUUGUUCAUCCUCAAGCUUUCAUUUGUGUGUCUUAAGAACUGAAGAGUUAUGCUUGAACUACAUUUAAAUAUCCGUAUCGAUAUCAGUAUCAGUACCGGCUAAAUAUUGGCAUAUUGGCAAAAAGAUAGAACUUCCGUAGAGACCUCAAAGUAGAGGCUGCUCCUCUGUAGCAAAGAAGCCAGUUGAAGUGGAUCAGGCAUCUGAUCAAGAUUCCUCCUGGUUGACUCCCUGUGGAGGUCUUCUGGGCUUGAGACCCUGGGGUAGACCCAGAAAUGGUCCAGGAAUGCCUUUGACUCCCUCAGGAGGAGCUAGAAAACAAUGCUGGGGAGAGGGACGUCUGAGUUGACUUGCUUCACCAGUUACCACCUCCAUCUGACCUCAGAUAAGCAGAGGAAGAUGGAUAGAUGGAGUGGUAUCUGCAAAAAUCAAAUAUCAUGCUACCCUACUUUUCUUCUCCAAAACAACUUAAUGAGAAAAAGGGAAACCUCAAACGAAAGCCAGCUCCUCAGACAUGCCUAUCCGUGAAUGACUCAUCAUGACUUCCUUGUAACUUGAACUCUUGAACAGUUGUCUCUUCAACUCAGUUCAUUUCCCUGAAGGCUUAUUAUCUAAAUAGUAUAUCAGUGUCCUUUAAAGCCCUGGUUCUUAACUGGUGGGUCAGGACCCAAAAAUGGGGCCCUUUUAAGAGAAUUGCCAAAAAAUUCCUGGAGGCAAAAGUUGAACUAAAAAGUCCAUUAAACUAAUUUUAAAAAUGCUUGUUUGUCCUGUCUCUUCGAUUUGUUAUGUGUCUUGUACUGUACUAGACCACAGCUCUAUCAUUUUACAUCAAAUAAGUCCAGUUGGUUGAAAAAUAUUUGAAAUUUGGGUCUCAGUUUCUCAAUGAACAGUGGAUGAUGGGUCUUCAGGCUCAAUCAGUUGAGAACCACUGCUUAAAAGCAUGUUAAUGACAACAUGAGGGAGAAAAGCUGUUAAAAAGGCACCGCUAGCCUCUUAGCUCCUAGCUAAUUUAACCCCAUUCAUUCUUAUCAGUGUCAGCCACAGAAACAAUGUUUGUUGUUAGAAUCAGAGGAGGGACGGAGAGCUUUGGUAUCAGGUCAUCAAUGAAGAUGGAUUGUUUAUAAAGAGGAUGGAUGUUUUUCACUAAAGAGCAAUCACCUGAUAUCUGAAUGCAAAACAAAGCUUAAUGCAAGAUAUCUUUUAAUUUCCACUCCAUUCUGCCGAAAUCAAUAAUGCAAAAGGCAUCAAGUACAGAUUCUUCAGAAUUUGGAGUGGAUGUUGGGAAGUCUUUCUAAUGCAGUCAAAUGGAAUUAUGUGAUACUCUAAAACUAUUUAUUCACCUCAGAGUUUACAUAAUAAAUCCUCUUAUCUUCUCCAAACCUCUAAGCCACCACUUUUACUCUGGAAGGCUGCAUUAGAAGCCUCAUGGUUUUCCUGAAAGCACUUUAAUUUUUAUUUUUUUUUUUAGUUUUAGUGUCAUUUCCAUCUAACCUUGCAAAGCAGAUGGAUAUGCCUGUUUCCAUGUUUCUCACUGGCGAAUCCAUCUUACAAAGCUCCCAUCUGAACCGUUAGGGCCCGGUUAGAAGGUGACAGGACCAAUCAGUGACAAGGUGUAGUACUUUCAGGCGCGGUGGAGCGUGAUGUAAGCAAGCAGCAACAAGAGGCUGGUGCCGUUAUGGCGGGAGCUUAGCGUGGAUACUGCUAAAGCGCUAGUUUUAUCAGAACUUGAUGACAUUUCUUUGUUAAAAGAUGAACAAAGAACAGCAGUGAGUUGUUUUCUUUUCAAAAGCGACAAUGGCGACUGUAGACAUGUACUGACAUGUCUACAGUCGCCAUGGUUUGCGUUAUGUAGUUAUGGAGUUUCGUCCUCGGUAGGGGCUACGACAUCAUGUGUUUUGUUGCUCUGACUGGCCCGUAAAGAUGUGACAGACAGAAUGUUCAUCCAAUCACCCUCCGAGUUUUUUUUUCAAAGGCUCUGCCCUUUCCCAAACACUGUGUAUGAGUGGUUUACCAGAUGGAUGUGUUUCACACAUCCAUCUGGUAUGCCAGGUUAAUUUUCAUCCACACUUGACAGCUCACUGCACAUCUGGCUCCAUGGAUGCUCCUUGUAUGAAUCCAUAUUCCUUAUUAACCUGCACUGUACACUUCUGUUUUCAAAUACGUUUGAUUCAUGCCAUUAAAUGCAAUGUUUGAUUUUUUUUCAAGUCCGAAGCUGCAUAUUUUUGUCAUUUCUGAAACAUUUGUAAGCUGCAAAAUCCCCAAACUUCCUCUUGCAGAGAUUUAAACAGUGGACUUUAGCUGGUCAGUGAGCAACCCAGCAUAUUGUGUAAAAUAUCAAACAUACAGCAAGUUUAAUAGAAGAGAAUUAAUGAUUGUGAAUGUACAGAUUCAUGUAACUAUAGUGGGAGGAUUGUGCAGCAGGAAAUUUCAUAAUAUCAGUGAGCAUGUGAUGUGUGGUUGUACAAUAUGUCCAACAUCCUCCUAAUAAAAUACUUUGGACACUUUAA